CCUCUGCUCUGCGAGAAGACAAAAAGAGGCACGUGGCUCCCUAAAGAGAGGGCGGGUUCUGCCAGCCUUACUGUGGUUCCCUUUUUGAGAAGCGCUCACAAUCCCCAUGAGGAAACCAGUCCCAAAGAUGAGUGUCCCACAGAAGAUUUUAGCCAGCUUCCUUCUGAUUUUCAGCUUUUCCGCCGAAGGGGCAGUCUCCCAAGACCCUAGGACCAUCUGGGGUGCCCUGGGUCAGGACAUCAUCCUAGAAACCCCUGGUUCUCAGCCGAGUGAUGCUAUUAAUGAAAUUCGCUGGGAAAAAGAAGGAACCAUGGUGGCACAAAUGAGAAAAGACAAGAGAUCGUCUCAGCAAGACAAAUCAUAUGAGAUAUUAAAUGAAGGUCUGAAAAUUAAACACCUGAAGAGAAAUGAUGGCGGUACCUACAAUGUAACCGUAUAUGACACAGGAGGAAAGAGUGUGCUGCAAAGAGCUUUUGACUUGAGAAUUCAGGAGAUGGUCUCAAAACCAAAGAUCUCCUGGGAUUGUCGCAACACAACCCUGACCUGUGAGACAGAGAAAGGAACAGACCCCCAAUUAAAGCUGUUUCAGAGUGAGAAGGAGCUCAAGACAGGUACUCAGAAGGUCAUCAGAUACAAGUGGGCCAACCUGAAUGCAGCGUUCAAGUGCACAGCAAGUAACAGAAUCAAUGAGGAGUCCAGCAUGGCGGCCAUCAGCUGCUCAGAGAAAGGUCUGAGCAUGUAUGUCAUCAUUGGCACCUGUGGAGGAGGUGUCCUCUUGCUGAUCUUCGUGUCACUGCUCAUUUUCCAUCUCAGGAAGAGGAAAAAGCAGAGCAGUAGGAGAAAUGGUGAACAGCUGGAGAUAAAAGCUCACAGAAUGACCUCUGAGGAAAGGGGCCCAAGGCCCCACCAAAUGCCAGCUUCCCAACCUCCUCCACCUCCUCUUCAUCGUUCCCAGGCACCCAGUCAACGUCCCUUGCCUCCUGGUCACCGUGUCCAGAACCAGCAAAAGAAAAGACCUCUUCCAACGGGCACACAGGUUCACCAGCAGAAAGGUCCACCCCUCCCCAGGCCUCGAGUUCAACCAAAACCUCCCAGUGGAGAUGCAGAAAACACGAUGUCCCCUUCCUCUAGCUAAAAAGAUAGACUGUCCUUCCAAUAAAAGGCUCUGUGAGCUUCUCCACUUCAGGUGUGCAGGCCCCCUCUUCCACUGACUGCUUUCUACAGGUAGGACACCAUUGCCUCCUAAGGCUUAGGGACAGUCAGAUCCCAUCUUCUAACCCAGCCACCCAGCCAUGUGCUCUGGAAUCCUUGGUCUCCUUGUAGAUCUCAGUCACUCCAGGAAGAGAGAGAAAAUAAAAGUUCCGUUGUGAGGAUGAUGGGUGGCCAAGCACAAAAAUCUUAGAGAUCUUCUUGUGUCCUUCCUAGAGACCAAGCAGGUGUGCUUGCUGGCCUGUGUCUCUUUUAGCAGCCCAGCUGCUUGAGGGGCUGUUGGGUGGACACCGGCCACCAUCCUUAUGCUUUGACGUAACUCAGUGUCCGCUCAUAGAAAGGAGGCCAGUGUCAAGGAAAGGAAGCUACAGGAUAGGAAAGAGGCCUGGCUAGUAUGACAGCAACAUCAAAUUUGGUCCACUGAGUUCACCUGUGCCACCUGAAUCCCCAUCAGAAUGAGCAGACUAUGUCCCCCGGUCUCAAAUGCAAAGUUGGGCUAGGUGAGCUGGGUGUACACUUGUAUAGUGUGUUAGAGCUUCCAUGCAAGAGGCACCAGAAAACCUAAUUGGUGAGUCUCAUUGUGACACAGAGUCACAAUGAUCUAUGGUGUCCUCCUUGAAAAGAGGGAGUCCACAAAUACGGAAGGCACCAUGAGCCCAUGAGAUGACAUGCAGAAGGGAAGGCUAAGAGAGAACUUAGGUUGGUCAAAUCUUAAAUGUCUCAAAUGACAAUCAUCGGAAGGUCAGGCCCCAUCCCCAGUAGCACUCAUGCUUGCUGCACUUGGGGAGAAGUGGGGAAAGGAAGAACAGCGUUCAGUUAAAGUUCAGAGACAACAGGCUGCCAGUAGGCACCUCCUUCAUAAUGGUGGAGCCAUGUCUGUGGUCCUAUCUGCCCCCUUCUCCUUGGCUUCUUAGGCUUGUUACCUUUGUUCAGCUCUGGCAGGAAGCUCUGGGGUAAACCACAAACACUCAGUACAUCAGGACUUCCUGUGAGAGCUGGCUGAGAGCUGAACUGGUUUUUGCUUUGAACCUGGGCAUCUAUUGUUCAGAAACCAGAGUUAAUUACUAGGGUGAGGAUGAAUUGAACCCCAUAGCCUACUGAAUUUUAAACACUAAGUCAAUCUAUGUAAGUAUUAUCACAGAAUCUUCCAGGAAGAGAGAAGUGGGUCCCAACAUGGCCCCUUUCUCAUUCUUCAUCACUGUCCUGACCAAUUAACUCCAUCAGCCAUUCUGGCAGAGUAGCUUCUAUCUCCUUCCCUCAGAAAGUCUUCCCUGCUUUUCCAGCACCAUUCCUUGACUUUCUUGUAAGAUCCUGUGAGAUUAUGUAUGUCACAGAACACAUGUAGGCUAUAACUGUUCAAUCCUUCACUAUUCUUUCAUGCAACAGACAAUCAUUGAGCUUCUACUAUGUGUCAGGCUCUGUGCUAGGCAUGAGGAACACAGAUAAUUGUAUCCCUCUAUUCCGGAAGCUAAUGUAGUAGCUCUCAGGACAAAUUACAGGACAAAUGUCACAGUGUGAUAAAUACAGGUCAGAGGCAAGAACAUGAGAAAGGACCUUGAAUUCAGGUUGAUCUAGUAAGGAUUAGGUGACACAGGGCUUCCUGGUGGCGGUGACAUUAGAGUUGAGAUGUAGUAGAUUAGUAGAACUGGUGAAGCAGAGGUGCAGAAUUAUCCUGGAAAAGGAGCAGCAUCAGCAAAGCUCAUGGUGGCAACCUGUUUGUGCCUUUUCAACCACUGUGUGCCAUCGAUUUAGAGGUAGUGUUGAUUUUAAGU